AAUCUGCAGACCAGCGAGCUCCUGUUUAGUCUUGCUUUUAGUUGCUUUACAUUAGAAGCAGUUGUUUAAGAUGAACUUCACACAGACUAUUUCUUCCAUCGAACAGUAACACAAACUGCUUCCUGCCUCUUCACUGUGAGCAGGUUUGGGUUCUGCUAUGGAUCAGUGCAGGGAACAUGAGAGUCGAACCAAACUGCAGAGGAAGAUCAAACACCGCAAACGGGACUCGCCUGUACCCAGCUGUGUCUCCAUGGAGAGCGAUUGGUCCAAGGGUCCACAUGUUGACCUCAAAGAUGGACAUCACCCUGUUGAUCCAAAGAGGAGCCUGCAGCAGAGACCACACUCGCCUGUAUCCAGCAGUGUGUCCAUGCAGAGUGAGCGGUCCAAGGGUCCACAUGUCGACUUUAAACGUGAACAGAGGUGUGACCUUGGGAAAAUCCUGCAGCAGAGACCACACUCUUCUGUAUCCAGCAGUGUGUCCAUGAAGAGCGAUCGGUCAAAGGGUCCACAUGUCGACUUUAAACAUGAACAGAGCCCUGAUGAUGCAAGGAAGGUCAGACAACAGCAGCAGCACUCUCCUGUAUCUAGCAGUGUGUCCAUGCAGAGUGAGCGGUCCAAGGGUCCACAUGUUGACUUUAAACAUGAACAGAAGUCUGACCCAGGGAAGGUCAGACAACAGCAGCAGCACUCUCCUGUAUCCAGCAGUGUGUCCAUGCAGAGCGAGCGGUCCAAGGGUCCACAUGCUGACUUUAAACAUGAACAGAAGCCUGAUGAUCCAGGAGUUCAGCAUGCCCAGCAGGAUCAAAAAGACCUCGACUCCAUCUUCACUAAACUGGAGGAGAGCAUCAUCAGUUUUGUGAAGGAUGAGCUGAAAAAAUUCCAGAGGAUUCUGAGCCCAGAUGACUCAGCGGGAUUGGAGAGUGAGAGAGCAGAUGGUGAAGAUGUGGAGGAGAGGAGGAGCAGCAGAGAAUCAUUUUUGAAAAUCACACUUUAUUUCUUGAGAAGAAUGAAAGAGAAGGAGCUGGCCGACCAUCUCCGGAGCAGAACUCAUAAUACUGUGUGUCAAUAUAAGCUGAAGUCUAGCCUAAAGACGAAGUUCCAGUGUGUGUUCGAGGGAAUUGCUAAAGCAGGAAACCCAACCCUUCUGAAUCAGAUCUACACAGAGCUCUACAUCACAGAGGGAGGGACUGCAGAGGCCAGUGAUGAACAUGAGGUCAGACAGAUUGAAACAGCAUCCAGGAAACCAGACAGACCAGAAACAACAAUCCGACAAGAAGACAUCUUUACAGUCUCACCUGGAAGAGAUAAACCAAUCAGAACAGUGCUGACAAAGGGAGUGGCUGGCAUUGGUAAAACAGUCCUAACACAGAAGUUCACUCUGGACUGGGCUGAAGACAAAGUCAACCAGGACAUCCAGUUCAUGUUUCCAUUCACUUUCAGAGAGCUGAAUGUGCUGAAAGAGAAAGAGUUCAGCUUGGUGGAACUUGUUCAUCACUUCUUUACUGAAACCAAAGAAGCAGGAAUCUGCAGCUUUGAAGACUUCCAGGUUGUGUUCAUCUUUGAUGGUCUGGAUGAGUGUCGACUUCCUCUGGACUUCCACAAAACUAAAAUCCUCACUGACCCUAGAAAGUCCACCUCAGUGGAUGUGCUGCUGACAAACCUCAUCAGAGGAAAGCUGCUUCCUUCUGCUCGCCUCUGGAUAACCACAAGACCUGCAGCAGCCAAUCAGAUUCUUUCCCAGUGUGUUCACAGGGUGACAGAGGUAAGAGGGUUCACUGACCCACAGAAGGAGGAGUACUUCAGAAAGAGAUUCAAAGAAAAGGAGCAGGCCAACAGGAUCAUCUCCCACAUCAACAAAUCACGAAGCCUCCACAUCAUGUGCCACAUCCCAGUCUUCUGCUGGAUCACUGCUACAGUUCUGGAGGAUGUGCUGAAAACCAGAGAGGGGGGAGCGCUGCCCAAGACCCUGACUGAGAUGUAUAUUCACUUCCUGGUGGUUCAGGCCAAAAUGAAGAAGGUCAAGUAUGACGAAGGAACUGAGAUAGAUCAGCACUGGAGUCCAGAGAGCAAGAAGAUGAUUGAGUCUCUGGGAAAACUGGCUUUUGAUCAGCUGCAGAAAGGAAACCUGAUCUUCUAUGAAUCAGACCUGACAGAGUGUGGCAUUGACAUCAGGGCAGCCUCAGUGUACUCAGGAGUGUUCACACAGAUCUUUAAAGAGGAGAGAGGGCUGUACCAGAACAAGGUGUUCUGCUUCAUCCAUCUGAGUGUUCAGGAGUUUCUGGCUGCUCUUCAUGUCCAUCUGACCUUCAUCAACUCUGGGGUCAACAUGCUGGAAGAUCAAAUGGCUUCUAAGAAGCCUAAGGUCUUUAAAAACAAAUCUAGUCUAAAACUCCUUCAUCAGAUUGCUGUGGACAAGGCCUUACAGAGUCCAAAUGGACACCUGGACUUGUUCCUCCGCUUCUUCCUUGGGCUUUCACUGCCGAGCAGUCAGAAUCUCUUAAGAGGACUCCAGAAAACAGUAGGUUCAGAGUCCAAUCAGAAAACGGCCAAGUAUAUAAAGAAAAAGAUCAAUGAUAAUGAGGCUACUGAGCAAAACAUCAAUCUGUUCCACUGUCUGAAUGAACUGAAUGAUUGUUCUCUAGUGGAGGAGAUUCAACAGUUCCUGAGUUCAGGAAGUCUCUCUACAGAUAAAUUGUCUUCUGCUCAGUGGUCAGCUCUGGUCUUCAUCUUACUGUCAUCAGAUGAAGAUCUGGACAUAUUUGACUUGAAGAAAUACUCUGCUUCAGAAGAAGCUUUUCUAAGGCUACUGCCAGUGGUCAAAGCCUCCAACAGAGCUCUGCUAGGUGCUUGUAACCUGUCAGGGGGAAGCUGGAAAGAUCUUUCCUCAAUUCUCCAAUUUUCUAGUCUGAAAGAGCUGGACCUUAGUAACAAUGACCUGCAAGAUUCAGGAAUGCUGCAGCUAUCUGUGGGACUGAAGAGUGCACACUGUAAACUGGAAAUUCUCAGGAUGGCUGUGUGCAAACUGUCGUGGAGAAGCAGUGAAGCCCUGUCCACAGUUCUCCGCUCUGAGUCCUGUAGCCUGAGAGAGCUGGAUCUGAGUAACAAUGACUUGCAGGAUUCUGGCGUAAGAGGGUUGUUAGCUGGACUGGAAAGCCCACACUGUAAACUUGAAACUCUUAGCCUCUCAGGUUGUCUGAUCAGACAUGAUGGCUGUGCUUCUCUGGCUGCAGCUCUGAGAUCUAACCCCUCCCAUCUUAGAAAGCUGGACCUAAGCUACAAUCAUCCAGGAGACUCAGGAGUGGGACUGCUGUCCACUGGACUGAAAAGCCCACUCUGGAGACUCGACAUUCUGAAGGUGGAAAACUGUGGAGAACAAAGGUUAAAACCCGGUCUGAGAAAAUAUGCCUGUGAACUUACACUGGACAGAAACACAGCACACAGAAAGCUGAAACUUUCUGAAAAUGACAGAAAAGUGACGCUGGUAGGAGAGAAGGAGCAAACUUAUCCCAAUCACGCAGACAGAUUUGACCGUAGGGAGCAGCUGUUGUGCAGUAAUCGCCUGACUGGUCGCUGUUACUGGGAGGUGGAGUGGAGAGGAGAAGUUGACAUAGCCGUAACUUACAGAGGAAUAAAACGGAAAGGAAACAGUGAAGACUGCAGGUUUGGAAUGAAUGAUCAAUCGUGGUGUCUGCGAUGCUCUGAUGGUGGCUUCUCUGUCUGCCAUAAUAACAAAAUCAGAUCAGUCCCUCCCUCUUCGGUCUCUAACAGAGUAGCAGUGUAUGUGGAUUGUCCUGCUGGCACUCUGUCCUUCUACAGAGUCUCUUCUGACAAACUGAUCCACCUCCACACCUUCGACACCUCAUUCACUGAACCUCUGUAUGCUGGGUUUGGAUUUGUGUUUGGGUUGGGCGUCGAGUCUUUGAUGCUGUCGAUUGACUCCUCUGUGUCUCUGUGUUCAGUAUAGGACAAAUAAUUGCACACAUCAGUCUGUAACAUCCACAAUGAAAAUAUGAUAUGGGAUUUCAGAAAAAGUUCUAGCAAAAUUGCUGGAUAAGCAAACAACACAUUACAUUUCCUUUCUGCUUUAAUAUAGGGUGACCAUAUUUUGUUUUUCAAAAAAGAGGACACUUUGCUCAGUCAUGAAGAGCCAUUGGCGGGGGGGGGGUAAAUUAAUAAAAAAAGAAAAAGACAAAGAAUGCUUAGACACUGCUAGCAUAAUGGACAGGGCUUCGACGGGGCUCCCACACAAAUGCAAAGCAGAGGAUGAAGCAUCGCCAAAUACUAAAAAAUAUGGUGAAGCAUAUCUUCCCUUUGGCAACACCUGCACAAGUGCCAAGAUAGGUCUCCCCGACAGAAUUAGUUUCCCCUGCGUCGGGAGCACGCGCUGGGCUGUCCAAAUCACGAACAAACAGUAUCCCACAUUCUUGAUUUUUAGUUCACAAACACUUAUUAUAAUGACUAACUACUAACAUUUUGGAGAUGUUGGCUGUUUAUACAGUAAAGUUACAGUGGGAUACAAAUAAUAUCAGGCUGAUCCUGCCACGAUUGGUUCCCCCUGUGCAAAUCAGGGACAAACAGUAUCCCACAGUUGUUUAUGUUUUUGAACCCAUUUUGCAAAGAGAA